AUGCAAGAUCCGCAAACACAAGAGGCUCUUAGAACGGGUGAUUUUAACAAAGUCAUUGAAUUAACAGCAAAACCCUCUGAAGUCUUAAUUAGAAAAUGCACUCAAGAUUUAUUUGAAAUGGCAGCAACUGAAAUCAAAUUCAACGCCUUGAUCUCUUCUUCAGUUGGUAUGCCCAUUGCUUGGAUGUUAAGUGAGAGGUAUGAAAUUCCACUGCUGUAUGUGGGUCUUGUUUCUGAAGCACCAACUUCUGACUUUCCUUUUUGUGUCCUUUCUCCAAUGAGUUUGGGAGAUGACGAGAAGAAUCUUGCAAGCUAUGAACAAGUGUAUCGUGUUGCCUUCAAGAAAACAGAAGAAAUGGUAAAUGAGCAACGACAAGGAUUGGGACUUGCUCCAAUGAAUGAUUCUUCUUCUGGUUGGUUAGGUCUCAAAGAAAAGUAUAACAUGCCAAUUAUUUAUGCCUUCUCUGAUGUUGUCUUUGGUGGAAAGAAACCAAAAGGAUACAGAGAGAAUAUUCACUUGACAGGAUUUUUUGAACUCAAACUUGAACAUGAUCAAUUGGGUUCAGAAAUUGAGGUGUUUCUUGCAAAGCCUAAAACAGAACCUAUUUUCUUAUCUUUUGGUUCCAUGCCAGCAUUGAAUCCUUUUCAAUUAUUUGAAUUAACUCUGUCUGUGUUGAUGAGAUAUGAGAGAGUGAUCUUAUCAUGUGGUUGGACCGACAUGGACCAGAUUAUGGAAGAUUUGAAUACGCACCACCACAUGGAGAAUAUGGAUUCAAAGUUUUCAAAUGAAGAAAUCCAACAAUAUCGAGAAUUAUUGAAUUCUCUCAAACACUACAUUGCCAAUGAUCGACUUUUGAUCAUUAAAGAAUGUCCCUAUUAUUUACUCUUUCCUCAAUGUGCCUGUAUAGUUCAUCAUUGUGGAGCAGGCACGACUGGUGCUGCCUUAAAGUCUGGCAAUCCUCAAGUCGUGAUUCCUGUCUUUAUGGAUCAACCUUUCUGGGCCCACAAAAUGUUUGAAUUAGGAGUAGCCUCUUAUCCUGUGUUGCUCAAAGACAUUGACAAUGAGAAGGUGAACGAAGCCAUUGAUUUUGUUCUUUGUGGAGAGAAGAGUGAAAGUAUCAAGAAAAAAGCUCUCCUCAUUGCUCAACACUUGCAAAAGCAAGAGGAGGAAUGCAAUCCUAUCGAACGUGCCAUUGAGUUGUGUUUGGAUUCACUCAAGUCGAAUCCUUUUAUUGUUCCAAGAAUUGAGUUUCAAGAUGACAUCCGCAAGAAGACUACAGAUGAUUCCUCUCAUUUUCUGCAAAAGAAUAUCUUGUUUUUGGGAUCCGAAGAAUCAGGAAAGAGCACUCUGUGUGGAUGUUUAGAAUGCCAUGAUGAUACAAGAUAUGUUGAAAAGAGAGCCUACAAUUUGUACCUGGGAAUACCGGAACAUUUAUGGCCGAGCAAGGAACAACGAGUCUUGGAGGCCUAUCAAUCAGCCGCUGAUCACACUAGCCGUCCCGAGCGUGCACCUCUCAUUCAAAUUGGCGUUCUUCAUAAAACAGAUCAAGAGAAGAAAGAAAUUCUAACUUUGAUGAAUGUUUCUACAAAGAAGAGAAAAUUAGAUUGUUUGAUAAAGGCUUGUUUUUUGGCGGAUAUUGCUGUGUUGGUGGUUGACAUUACAGACAACAAGUUUGAAAAAGAAAUUGAAAAGUUUGAUUCAACAUUGAAUAAUCAAUUACGAGUAGCUAAAUCAUUCGGAAUUCAGCACAUGAUUGUUUGUUUAAAUAAGUGUGAUACAGAAACGCAGAUCCAAAAAUUACAUAACCGAUAUCUUGAAAUAGUGACAUGUUUGGAGAUCAAAUUAAGAAAAUUGGGAUGGAGAAAUAUUCCUUUUAUUCCAGUUUCUUCAGUCGGUAGUGCACCAAAUGUUGUGCACAAUAAUGGAGCUUACCAUUUCUAUAAGGGAGAUCCGUUAUGGAAUACCUUAAAGAAUUUGCAAAUUACAAAAGACAGCAUGAAUUUGAAAGAUAAAUCCCUGAAAUUAGCACCAAUGGAUAUUUACAAAAUUGGAGGUGUGGGUACCGUUAUUAUAGCAAGGAUUGAAAGAGGAACUAUUAGAGAAAAUGAUACAAUUCAAUCUUAUCCAAAAUAUGGUUCUUGUAAGAAUUGGAUUGUAAAAUCGUUGGAAAUUGCAUUUAAUCCUGUAAAACGGGCGAAUGUCGGAGAUUUUGUUGGAGUAGCUUUAAAAAAUUGUUCAAUACGAGAUAUUAAGAAUUAUUAUGUUUUCAACAAGAUUCAUGAACCAUUGGAACCAAUGGAUGUAGAGUCGUUUGAAGCUACUGUGAAAAUUAUAAUUACUCCUGAGUCUGGUGAGAUUCGAGUUGGAUAUACUUGUAAGAUGCAUUUCAUGACCUACAAAUAUCUUUGUAAAAUUGAAGAAAUCAUGUCAGUACGUAUGAGCGAAACAAACAAAACAGAGGAACAACAUUAUCCACAAAGUGCAAAGGUAGGCCAAGUGAUUCAAGCUAGAAUCAGACUGUUGAUGAGGUUUCACAAAUUCGCUCCUCUUGAACUCUAUUCCGAAAAUCCAAGACUUGGCCGAGUGCUCUUAGUGGAUAAAAACAAAUUAAUUGGAGUGGCUAAUGUGACAAAACUGAAUUAUUGCAAGACUUCAUUUAAGGAAGAUGACGACAUUGUCAAAAAUACACACCAGUAG